AACUCAAAAUUUCAAAAAAAAAAUAAAAAUGUCUCCUCUCUUUGUUUUUCUCUUUGUACUCUCUUUUUUCUCUCUAAUAAAUUUAUCAAAAUCUAACAAUUUCACAAGCCAAAAUAGUUCAAUAAUUGGUAACACAAUUGGUGGAAACAAAUGGAUUUCAAUUGCAUCAACAAUAGUUUCUUCAAGUGGUAAUUUUGAAAUGGGAUUCUUCACACCAGGUAACAAUUCCAAUUAUUACAUAGGUAUAUGGUACAAAAAAAUAAGUAAACAAACAAUAAUUUGGGUUGCAAAUAGAGAGACACCAAUUUCAAUAUAUGAAAUGGAUUUUGCACAAUUCAAGGUUGACAAUGGUAAUUUAGUACUCACAAAUGGUACUAGACACAUAAUUUGGUCCACAAAUAUCAAUUAUACAACAAAUUUCAACAAUUCACAAGUUGUAGCAACACUUUAUGAUGAUGGUAAUUUGAUAUUGAGUAAUAACUCGACGAAUUAUCUAUGGACUAGUUUUGAUCACCCGUCUCAUACGUUCAUGCCUGGUUCAAAAUUUGGGUACAAUAAACGUACAAGACUGAAGCAGGUCCUUACUUCAUGGAAAAACGCGAACGAUCCCUCACCGGGACCCUUUACACAUGAAGUUGACAUGGAAAAUAAGUAUAUUGGACAAGGUGUUAAUAUGUGGAACCAUAGUGUUGUUUAUUGGAAUAGUGGACCUUGGACAGGUAACAAUUUUACUGGGGUACCAUAUCAACCAAAUCCUAUGUUUAAUUAUACAUAUGUUAAUAAUGAUGAUGAGGUUUAUUAUAUGUAUAAUUUCUUUAACCCUUCAUUAAUUUCAAAUUUUAUUAUGGAUGUUAAUGGACAAACAAAGCAAUUAUUAUGGAUGGAUAGUACUAAUGAUUGGAAUGUGUUUUACACUGAUCCAAAACAAGUUUGUGAUGUUUAUUCCUAUUGUGGAAGUUUUGGUAUUUGUAAUGAGGUAAACUCUACUUCAACAUGUGAUUGUUUGAAUGGUUUUAAGCCUAAGUUUGAAAAAGAUUGGAAAUUGAGUAGCUUUUCAAGUGGAUGUAUGAGGAAAACAAGUUUGAAUUGUGGUGAUUUUGGUGAAAAGGAUUGGUUUUGGAUGUACAAGAAUAUGAGAUUACCUACAAAUAAUGAGAGUUUGAGAGUUGGAAAUGAAGUAGAGUGUGAAAAUGGUUGUUUGGAGGAUUGUGAUUGUGUUGGUUAUGCUUAUGGUAGUGGAAAUAUUGGGUGUUUGAUAUGGAAAAGGGAGAUGUUGAAUUUGCAACAACUUGCUCAAGAUAAUGUUAAUGGAAGCACCAUUUAUGUUAGGCUUGCAUCUUCUGAGUUUUCAAGUAACCAAGAUCAAAAGCAAACAUCAACAAAGCUGAAAAUUGCAAUUCCUAUAGGUGUAAUUGCUGCACUUCUCAUUCUAUCAUGCUUUUUUAUAUACUAUAGAAAAAGAAGAAACUCAAAAGUCAAAGAGGGUAGUACAAAAUUUCACAGGCAGAAUACAGAAGGAGAAGGAUUAGAAUUGAUAGAUAUUCAAGAUGAUGAUAUUGAGGUUCCAUUUUUUAGUUUUGAAAGUAUAUUAGUAGCAACAGAUGACUUCUCUGAACAAAAUAAGCUUGGUCAAGGAGGAUUUGGUCCUGUUUACAAGGGAAUAUUUUCAGGGGGAAGAGAAAUUGCAUUAAAAAGGUUAUCUAGCCAUUCUGGACAAGGUAUAAAUGAAUUCAAGAAUGAAGUAAUGUUGAUUGCAAGGCUUCAACAUAGAAAUCUUGUGAGACUUUUGGGCUAUUGCAUUCAAUCAAGUGAAAAGAUUUUACUCUAUGAGUAUAUGGCUAACAAAAGUCUAGACACCUUCAUAUUUGAUCGAAAGCGAAGCGCGAUAUUGGAUUGGAGAAAAAGAAUUGAGAUCAUAGAGGGAAUUGCUAAAGGACUUCUUUAUCUACACCAUGAUUCAAGAUUAAGGAUUAUUCAUAGAGAUCUCAAAACAAGCAACAUAUUAUUAGAUGAAGAAUUGAAUCCAAAAAUAUCAGAUUUUGGAUUAGCAAGAGUUGUUGAAGGGAAAAUUACACAAGCAAAUACAAAUAAAGUGGUUGGAACCUAUGGUUAUAUGGCUCCGGAGUAUGCAAUAGAUGGACUAUUCUCAAUUAAAUCAGAUGUAUUUAGUUUCGGAAUAGUUAUACUCGAGAUCAUAAGUGGAAGAAGAAAUACUGGAUUUUUUAAUCAAGAAGAAGCGUCGAAUCUCUUAGGCCUUGCAUGGAGACUUUGGACAGAAGAUAAGUCAAUGGACUUGGUGGAUCAAUCACUACAUAAAUCAUGCAACAAAGAAGAAGCAAUUAAAUUGAUAAAUAUUGGGCUUUUAUGUGUACAAGAAGAUCCAAAAGACAGGCCCAAUACAUCAAAUAUAAUUAUGAUGCUUGGUAGUGAAAAUUCCAAUAUUAUUUCACUUCCAAGACCAAAUCAACCAGCUUUUAUGACAAGAAAAAGUGGUAAUAAUAACACAACUUCUUCUUCUAAUGCUAAGUCUGAUGGUGUCUCUAAUAAUCAACUUACUGUCACCAUCGAAAUGGGUCGAUAACGCGCUGCUAGAAAUCAGUCAAUUUUUCUUCGUAAAUUCUGAUAGAACGUCUGUUGAAAAAUGACUGAUUUAUGAUAGUGACGAGAGUGAGGUGCAAUCAAAUUUUGACAUAGCAAUAUUGUAGUUUUAUCUUUACUUAUUCAAUGUAUAUAUUCAAACUAAAGUAUGUACUUUAGAAACAUCUUUUGUAAUUAAAUUAUGUAUUUUUACAUGUCUA